AUGGCAUCUCACUCCUUGGCAAUUGCCAAAGCAUCAUUAGCAGCUGGCAUGAUCAGACCGGAUCCGACAUCAGUUCCCAAAUUGGAAAUUGCUCGCUUUCACACUCUCCUUGAGGCUGUGCUAAGGCAAUGCUCUUCGGCAAACAUCCAGCUGUGUAAAGAUUGGCUACUGAAGAACAUCAUACCAUCUGCUGCCCGGACCACCGCCAUUGGGAAAUACCUCGUUGCGCUUUCCCUGUCAUUUGCGAAGGCCGCAUAUGGAGAUGAUCAGAAGCCAGCCAGGGAGACGGCUCCGUCCGCACCGCGAAGACAGCUUCAUGUCUUGUAUCUAUUGAACGAUUUGCUUCAUCACACCAAAUACCAUAUCGAGUCGCCUUCCGCAUAUUCUAUAAUGAAUGAAAAUUUCCAGUCUUGUCUUGUGGAUUUGUUCGGAGCUGCAUCUGCCUACAGCUUGAAGGUGUACGUCAAGCAACACAAAUGUAUUACAGAUCUCCUCGAUAUUUGGGAAGGGCAGGGCUACUACCAGUCUUCAUACAUUCAGAAACUAAGAGACACAGCCUCCGCCGCUUCCAAAGUUGGCCACGCGAACACGGACGAGGAUACAAAACUCUCGGGAGAGGCCUUGAGCGAGGAGAGAAAAGAUGCACCUUAUAUUCUUCCACCUUCCCAUGGCGAUCCUCUGACCCCGUUCUAUGACUUACCUGCUGGUAACAUGAUGCCUCAUGUCAUGCCGAACUCAGCCAGAGCCGUCAACCCUCAGCUUGUGAAAGCACUGCAGUUUACAGCAGGACCAGCAGAUGAGAAUCUGGUGAAAGCGGUGAAGGACUUUUUGAAAAACGUGGAUUCGCUAGAUGCACAUGGCUUUGAAGGUCGACAAGAUGAUAUGGAUAUCGAUGAGUUGGGUCAGUCAGUCUUGGGCGACGAGGUCACAGGGAACAUUUUGGAGGGCGAGGGAUACUAUGGGUGGUCCAAAGCAUUUUGUGAGAAAAUGAAGAAGAGAGGAGUAGGCCUUGGAGAUAUUGGAAAGAUUAUGGGGCGUGCUGGAAGCAUCGACAGAAGUUUGAGUCCCCGCAAGAGGAGAAGAUACAGCGAUGCUGGCAGCAGCAGGAGCCGGGACAGGACCAUGGACAGAAGUCGGUCGAGUUCAUUGUCAUCAGAUCAAGGUUCGAGGCGUCGGGAUAGCCAGCGACCAUCUUCAAAGUCAAGAAAUUUAUCAAGAGAGCGAAGACGAUACCGCAGCCUGCGCAGCCGCUCCCGAUCAAGAUCUCCGCCGUACUCACCGCCGCAGACGGUUUCAGUCUUUCAAAGACCACCGCCGCCAGCAAGUCCACAGCCCAUGCAACAAACACAGGCUCGAAGGCCUUCCCCACCAUCUUCCAUGCCUUUCCAACACCCAUUCUCGAAAGGUUUCCCACUCGGUCCUGGAGCGGUUCCUAUUCCUCCUCCGCCACCUCCUAACUAUCACGGUCCGUGGCCACCACCACCACCACCCAUGCCGAACCUCAACAGAGUGAACGCGGUGCCGGCGCCGGCCCCACCAACAGGCCCCAAGAUAGGUCAAAAUCACGGUGCAGCUGCAACUCAACGAGGCUCCCACUCCGGCCUUCAAAGCCAAGCGCCGCAGAACUUUGGCGGCUGGGGUCAGCAGCAAUUAGGCCAUGUCAGUGAAUUUCCUUAUGGGGACCGUGGUGGCACACAGCAGCCAUUCAAUGGAAAUAUUCAGAACAGUAGGGGCCGAGGAUAUGGCCGAGGAGGAUGGACCAGGUAG